UGUCAACAUAAAUGUACUGAUAAAGUCCCUGGGUUUACAUGCAGUUGUCAAGAUGGAUUCAAGCUUGCAGCCGAUGGUGUGUCUUGUGAAGGUAUUUUAAAAUAUUAUUUUUGCUAUAUUGAUGAAUGUUCAAGUGGUAUUCAUGGCUGUGAACAAACAUGUAAAAACAAUGAAGGAAGUUUCAAUUGUCUCUGUCAACUAGGCUUUCGAAUCAAAAAUGAUAGAAAAAGUUGUGAAAAUGACCCUAGUAGAGAUCCAUGCGCUGAUUUUCCUCCAACCUGUCAAUAUGGAUGUAAAUUAGAAAACGAUCAACCUGUUUGUUUUUGUCAAAAGGGCUAUGUACUUGGAGCUGAUGGAAAUACUUGUGUUGAUAUCAAUGAAUGUGAUGGAAAUCAUGGUUGUUCUGAUGAAUGUGUCAAUACUCCUGGUUCUUUUAAAUGUACAUGUGCUCAGUAUAAAAAACUCGAAAAUGAUCAAAAAACUUGCAGAGAUCGAAAUGAAUGUCUUACUGUUGGUCAAUGUACAAUAACUGGUUCAGUUUGUGUCAAUACGCCUGGUUCAUAUCAAUGUAAUUGUAAGGAUGGUUAUCAACUUUCAGCUGACAAAUCAAAAUGUGAAGAUAUAAAAGAGUGUGACUUAACACCGAAAGUAUGUGAACAAAAAUGCGAAGAAACUGAAGGUAGUUACUAUUGUUCCUGUGAGAAAGGUUUUGUAAUAAAUACAGAAACCCAGAAAUGUGAAGAUAUUGAUGAGUGUCAAAUUGGAAGAAGCGACUGUACACAAAAAUGUCGAAACACUUUUGGCAGUUUUAUCUGUGAAUGUAAAACAGGUUAUCUCAUCAACAGUGACAGAAAAACAUGUAGAGGUAUGUUUAUAUAUAAUCUUCUUUUCUAG